AUGCAUCUCAUCUUGAGCCUGGGGUUUCUCUACGUCUGUCUAGUACACUGCGAACUUCCAUUCCGCUACAAUGUACAUAUUGACUAUAAAAGUGUCACCAUAUGUGAGGAGACACCUGGCGUGGAAUCCUUUUCGGGCUAUAUUCAUUUGCCUCCAGCCACGUUGAAGGAAGUCGGGCUAGACCAGUCCUACUCGAUGAAUAUCCAUUUCUGGUACUUCCAGAAUCGCAAAAGAAAAGAAGAUGCACCAUUAACAGUUGUUUUAGGAGGUGGCCCAGGAGCCUCAACCUUGAUGCAACUGUUUAGGGAGAACGGUCCGUGCAAGGUCAAUGCGGAUAGCAAUACUACGCGUCUGAACAAGUGGUCGUGGAAUUCAGAGUCUGAUAUGCUCUACCUCGAUCAGUCUGUCCAGACUGGGUUUAGUUAUGAUCGUGUCGAGGAAGGGACGCAAAGCGCCUUUGGAAAAGUGUUUCUGGAUGUGAAUUCAGAGAGUGCUGAGAGCGAGCCAACCCCAGGCUCCCGCCGUGGCUUCUUCAGUAGCAACGACCCAAACCAAACUGUCAAUAGCACACAAAGUGUGGCACAGAGCACAUGGCUCUACCUGCAGAUCUGGUUAAGAAUGUUUGAUCGACGACAAUCUUCCAACCCGACGAUCAAUAUCUGGUCGGCCUCAUACGGGGGUCAUUAUACACCAACUCUGGUGAAAUAUGCGCUAGAGCAGAAUGCACGACUCGAAUCUGGAGCGCUGAGUUCAGAUCAGUAUCUGAAGAUGCACAUAGGGUCGGUGGGAUUGACCAAUGCCUGCGUCGAUGUCCCUGUCCAAUUACCACAUUAUGCGGAGAUGGCACGAGCGAACACAUACAACUUAUCUCUUAUUACCCAGGCGGAUUAUGACUCCGUGCAGCAGCACUUGACGAAACCACACGGUUGUCUGGAAAAGAUUGCUACAUGCAGAGCUGCAGCACCUGCCCAAGCAGACGACUUUGGACAGAAUGAGACUGCGAAUGCGAUAUGUCACGAAGCCAACUUCUACUGUGGAAAGCAUAUUGCGAAUAUGAUAUCCGCCAGUGGUAAAAGCGCGUUCGACAUUGGGUACCCGGAUAAUGUUCUUCACACCCCCUUGAUGGAUACCUAUUUUGGUUAUCUGAAUCAACGUCAUAUCCAGGAAGCUUUGCACGUCCCACUCAAUUUCAGCGCAAACUCGCCAGUGGUUGCUCACGCCUUCUCGAUGAGUGGCGACAACGUAAAAGGCGGAAGUCUGGAAGCGAUAGGAAGUAUCCUUGACAGCGGGAUCAGUGUGACGUUAAUGUAUGGCGAUCGCGACUUUGCUUGCAAUUGGCUCGGCGGUAAAGCUCUUUCGCAGGCGAUACACUGGUCCAAGGCACAAACAUUUCGAUCGGCAGGUAUUCAAGACCUUACCGUUCCAUUAUAUCCCAAAGCAGCGCAGUUGCAACAGGGUGGAGGUUUAUCCUUCAUUCGUGUUUAUAGUGCUGGCCACAGUGUCGGCAUGCAGCAGCCACAAAUCGCACAAACGAUUUACAAUCGUGCGAUUGCGGGUCUUGAUAUUGCCACUGGAAGCAUUGCUACCGAUGAAAGAUAUGCCACAUUCCAUGAAUACCCGUCAUGGGAGUGGGAGGAUGAGCCUCCACCAGUCGCCGAAAGUAAUCCAUGUUAUACUCUGAACUUGGGACUCUGCAGUGAAAGACAACAACAUAUGUUCCUUAAUGGAUCAGGCACGGUUCAAGAUUUCUUUCUCAUUGCUGAUGAGCGAGGGGAGUGUAUUACCAAUCCUGUGCGGCCGUGUGUUGGAAACAAGGAGCUGUCGGCUUGGGAUUUGAUGGUCCAAAUGGGGUCCAAAGGACAAUCCAGUGGCUCCAUUCUCUUAGUAUCGGCAACGGCCUUAGGAUAUGUUGCUUGUGUGGGAAUUGUGGGUGUUUUGUGUGUGAAGGGUCUUAUGGGUCAUAUGGCUGAAACAUUUCCCUGGUGA